AUGGCAAUCAACAUAGACACUGAAUUCGAGAAAUCUAACCUGGGAGAGAGCGGCCGCGCGCCCGCCAACGAGUCUCAGGAGACGGAGAAACUUCUCAGCCCCGUGACCACCGAGCCCGCUGGCGGCAACAGUAUGAAAAUGUCCUCCUCCUUCACAGUCAACGUGGGGAGCGACAAAAACCUGGAUGUAGACCAGAACGGCCACAGUUUGCCCUUUAGGUCGGGCUCUGCAGGGCACCUUGCUGCUGCCCCCCUUUCCCCGUCCCGGGUCAGUUUGAGUCGCAGUUGCACCUCUUCCAUCGGAAACGCCGCGGUCCAAGAGGCGCAAAAGCCCAAAGACUACCUCAUACUGGUCAUAUUGUCCUGCUUCUGCCCUGUCUGGCCCGUCAGCAUUGUUGCUUUGUUAUUUUCAAUUAUGUCAAGAAACAGCCUGCAGUCGGGAGACUUGGACGGCGCUAAGAGACUGGGUAAACUGGCUCGACUCCUCAGUGUCGUUUCCAUAUUCCUGGGUGUGCUCAUCAUAGUCGUCUCUGUAACGGUCUCUGUAACCAAGUGA